AUGGCGUUUUGGAGGCUGAGCUCUGGAGAUGCCACAUCGUUCAAAUUCCUCUUCUCAAUCGUCUUCAUCUACGCUCUAAUGUCAGCGAUUGCUUACUGUGUCCUCCACAUGAAACACAUCUCUCCUCUCCCCUUUGACGCUCCUAUCGAUCGGUUCUCUGAAGCCAGAGCCGUCCAACACAUCCGAGUCUUGGCGGAGGAGAUCGACGGUCGUCAGGAAGGACGGCCUGGGCUUAAAGAAGCUGCAACAUACAUAAAGAAACAGUUGGAGGUGGUGAAGGAGAGAGCUGGGCCUAAUCUAAGAGUUGAUGUGGAGGAGACUCAGGUGGAUGGUUCCUUUAGCAUGAUGUUUCUUGGCCAUAGCAUAUCUCUUGGAUACAGAAACCACACAAAUAUACUUAUGCGCAUAUCGUCAGUGCAUUCUCAUGACAGUGAUCCAUCUGUAUUGGUGAAUGCACAUUAUGAUAGCCCAGUCAACUCCCCUGGAGCUGGUGACUGUGGGUCCUGUGUAGCAUCACUUCUUGAAGUAGCAAGACUGGUAGUGGAUUCUGGCUGGACCCCGCCUCGACCUAUAAUUUUUCUUUUCAAUGGUGCUGAAGAGCUUUUUAUGCUGGGCUCACACGGCUUCAUGACGCAGCAUAAGUUGAAAGACACCAUUGGAGCUUUUAUAAACGUGGAAGCUUCUGGUACAGGGGGUGUUGAUCUAGUCUGCCAAUCAGGGCCUGGCUCGUGGCCCUCCUAUGUCUACUCUCAAGCUGCAGUGCAUCCAAUGGCACAGAGUUCUGCACAGGAUGUUUUCCCUGUGAUUCCUGGAGACACAGAUUACAGGAUGUUUGCAGAAGAUUACGGCGACAUUCCAGGGCUAGACAUUAUCUUUCUCCUGGGCGGUUACUACUACCAUACUUCCUUUGACACAGUUGACAGAAUAGUACCUGGGAGCAUGCAAGCACGUGGAGAGAACUUGAUCAGCGUGCUUAAAGGCUUCACGAGUUCUUCUUUGCUGAAGGUUUCUAGUGAAAGAAAGUCGGAUACUAACAAAGACAUGGUUGAAAGAUCUGUUUUCUUCGAUUACAUGACACUGUUCAUGGUGUACUAUCCAAGAAGAGUAGCCAUGGUACUUCACAACAUUCCAGCAGCUUUGUUCUUUUUGGUUCCUUUCUAUUUGUAUAUGAGGGACUCUGGGAUGCACCUUUUGUUACCAAUCUUCUGGGCUUUCUUGAAAGGGUUUAUGCACCAUUUUGCUGGGAUUUUACUUGGUGCCAUAUUCCCUGUUCUCUUUUCAGUCAUCAGAUUGUUCUUUGCUGAUCCCAUGAGCUGGUUUUCUCACUCAUACUUAGCUUUCUUGAUGUUCAUCCCCUGCUCGUUUUUGGGUCUUUUAUUUCCAAGAGCUAUCUCCAGUCGUGUCUCACAUUGUCAAGGUGUUUCAUCUAAGAAGAUUAUGAAAGUUGAAACAUAUGAUGAAGGAAGGUUUUGGGGAGCAUUUGGGUUCUAUGCUUUUGUAACUUCGGCAUAUUUUUUCGCUGGACUAAAUGGAGGAUUCUUGACAUUUGUCGUCUGCAUUUCUAUGCUAUUGGGGUGGAUUUCUUUCUGUUUAUCUGUCAAAUCCUAUGGCUAUUCGAUCAAGUCUCCCAUGUUUUAUGUGAUACCUCUGGUUCCAUGCAUUGUGUAUUCUAUCUAUUUUGGUGGUAUUCUUGCACUGCUUUUGAUUGAGAAGACAGGAAUGAUGGGAGGAAUUCCACCACCUUAUGGAUUCUAUCUUGCAGAUGUAGCAGUAGCUGCAAUCAUUGGACUCACCACAGGCUUGUGUAUGGGCCCAAUAAUACCAAUCUGUGAUCGCUGGCUAGCCAAAUCUUCCAUCUUGAAAUUCUUGCUGCACUUCAGUGUGGUUAUGUUGGCUGUAUCAUCACAAUUCUUUCCUUAUAGCAAAGAUGCACCAAAGAGAGUCGUACUCCAACACACAUUCUUCUCUGCAGGUGGAAAUGAAAUCACAGGGUCAAGUUAUGAUUUAGCUGUCAUUGAUGCAAAUUCUAUAGAGUUCGUUUUCAAACAUGCUCCAGAGCUUGCAGAGGAACUAAACGUUGGCUCCUCGUUCUCAUUGCGAAACGCUGAAGCGUCUCCUCAAAGUGCUUGGUUGGCACUUUUUCCUAUUUCUUGUGUAGUGACAACGAACGGGAGGUUCCCUGCUAAAGCCAACAAGAUCACAGAACGAUAUAGCCAGUUCCCACACUUGAAAACUCAUAAACCGCAAACAAAGUUUGAAAACGGGACUCGUAGAGUUCAUUUAGAACUCUCUCUUGGCUCGUUGGAGGAGAUUUGGGUCACGGUUUUGAACAUAACCGGACCAUUGUCAGGAUGGUCCUUCGCAGACGGCAAACCACCUGCCCCUGAGCUUCCAGCCGGUGGUCCUCCGUCUUACAUACUGAGACUGAGUGGCAACAGCAGUGAGAAAUGGAACUUCUGGUUAGAGGCAAGUAGCGAAGAGGAAGUGAGAGUAGAUGUAGCAGUUCUUGAUCAGCGGCUUGAAGAAGAAACUAAACAUUUGAAAAGUCUUUUCCCUGGAUGGUCCGACGUCAUUUCCUACACUAGCUUUCUUUCUACUUACUUCUUCUGA